GUUAGCUGUAGAUUUUUCAUAAAUGCCCUUUAUUAUUUUGAGGAAGUUCCCUUCUAUUCCUAGUUUUCUGAGUGUUGUUAUCAUGGAAGCAUGUCACAUUUUGUAGCUUUUUUUUUUUUUGCAUCAAUGGAGAUGAUCAUGUGGGGUUUUUUUCUUUCAUUUUCUUGAUGUUAUAUAUUACAUUGAUUGAUGUUUUUGUGUGUUGAAACAUCCUUAUAUUCCUUCAAUAAACUGUACUUGGGAUCACCUGGGCCUUAAGAAGGAGCACGCGGAUAUCCACGGUCUGACAAUGGCCAACAACAAAUUAAGAGGGCAGAAGUCCAGGAAUGUAUUUCACACAGCCAGCCAAAAAAACUUUAAGGCUAAAAACAAAGCAAAACCAGUUACCACUAAUCUUAAGAAGAUAAACAUUAUGAAUGAUGAAAAAGUUAACAGAGUGAAUAAAGCUUUUGUAAAUAUGCAACAGGAACCUGCACACUUCUCAAAGCGCCUUUCUCCUGGACCUGUGCAGAAAGAAUCGAUUCCUCAGCCACGUCAUGAAAAUGAACCAGUUCAUGUUGAUGAAGCUACAAGAUUAAUGGCUCAGUUGUAAUGCAGUGGUGAUAUAUCUAAUUCCCCCAAAAGACCAAUAAAUUAAAUGUUUUAUACAAAAAAAAAACUGUACUUGGUCAUGGUGCA